AUGCUGGUACAUUCUGAUACAAACAGGAGCAGCAAUGUUGGUAAUGGAAACAACAAAACCGGUUCAACUACCACGUCGGCUUUUCGAUCAAAUGACAUCUACGCUCAGCAGCCGUCAGUGUCGCAUCCCAUGCCGUCAGUAAUCUCCCAGCACCAGGAAGAGAUAAUGGGCACCAACGAUUCUCCCGGGACCCCAGAAGACGCCAGUGGACAGUCAGAAGAGGGACAGGAUGACGCAGAUCCAGGCUAUACUCCAGAGGUGGAGACCGUGAUGUCGAACCCUGAUGACGGGUCUAAGGCCAUGGCAAAUACAGGGAGCACGAAUACCGUGUCACAGGGGGGAGAUGAAGACGGGGACGAAUUCGGUAGAUCCCGAAAACAUGGCAAGCGGUUAACAACCAAGGAAGAGGUAUCGCUGUUCCAGAUCUGCAACCGCCAUGCAGAUACAUUUGGCCAUCGCAGUAAACUCUGCGAGUGGUGGAUGAGUGUCACGGCCGAGUUUACUCGUGAGCAGGGCCAUCCGUACUCCUGGCAUUCGGUUCGGCGCAAGGUCGAGCUCGUCACGAAACAGCGCAUCAAGUUCCUAGAUGAACUCCGCGAAAAGACGAAGAACGCAGGAUCAACGGUCCUGGCAACAGAGGAUCUCUCUAAUCCCCGAUGGCGUGAGGCUGUUGACGCCUGGAUACCUACCUGGCGACGCUGGGAAGAUGCAGAAGCCAGACGCAUCGAGAAACGCGAUUCUCGCAUAUUCCGGAAGAGAAAACGACUCAGUGCUGGUUUGGCUACCUGGGAGACCGGCAGCAGGGGUUCCUCGACGCCAAUGCCUCUCGCUACAGAUUCAGCUACAACUCAGUUUAGCUCCAUCCAGCUUCCACCAGGCUUCGACUCGAUGUUCUCCAACACUGCUAGUACGACCGAUACCAAUACCAACAACAACAAUAGUACUCGGCAAACCCCGAGAUCAUGCCCUUCAGCCGCAACAACAGCAUCUACCACCAUUGACUCCACCACGAUAUCCGCCAUCCUAGAAAUCCUCAGCAGAUUAAACAAAUACCUCGACUCACGCCCAGACUCGCGGUUGUCCCCAUCGACUGCAGAACCCCAUGACAAACCAAACAAUGACCCUCCCCUAUCCCUUUCUUCCUCGCCUUUCUCGCCGUCUUCACCCUCAUCUUCCUUCCAUGUAUCUCCGCCGGAGCCUCACCCUCAGCCUCCUUCGACAGAGAAGACGGCAGAAUCAGCAGCGGUAUCGGCAUCGAUCGAGAAAAUGAAAGACGACCUCCGAGUGGAACUGCGGAAAGAGAUGGAGAAGGACCGUGCCGCUCUCGAGCAGAGGUUAGAUUCCGUACAGCACACACAGGAGUUGAUUUUGGAUAUGCUUAGACGGGGGCAUUGA